AUGUCUUAUGCAGAGACUAUCGAUCAGGCGAUUGCCAACUGCAAACAGCAGACCGUUUUGAUGCAGCGAUGCCUAACUCAGGAAAAACUCAUGGACGCUCUCAAACACACAUCUAUAAUGCUCACGGAACUCAGAAAUCCCCACUUAUCACCCAAGCAGUACUACGAGCUCUACAUUCUGAUAUAUGACUCUUUGAGCAUACUCUCGACCUAUUUUGUCGAAUGCCACACCAAAAGGCACCAUUUGGCUGAUUUGUACGAACUGGUUCAGUAUGCGGGAAAUAUUGUUCCCAGGUUGUAUCUUAUGAUCACUGUGGGCAGCUCGUAUCUCCAAUCCGCCGAUGCUCCCCGUGAAGAGAUUUUUAAAGACAUGAUCGAAAUGUGUAAAGGGGUGCAGAAUCCUAUUAGAGGCCUUUUCUUGAGAUAUUACCUGUCUCAAAGAACAAAGCAAUUUUUCCAAGCCGAUGAUGUAGAGGCCAAGAAGGCCAAUGCCAAUUUCAUUAUCACAAAUUUCAUCGAAAUGAACAAACUGUGGGUCCGUUUGCAACACCAAGGCCCGCUGCGCGAGCGAGAACAACGCACUCGCGAGCGUAAAGAGCUCAAAAUUCUUAUUGGCGCCAAUGUGGUAAGGCUGUCGCAAAUCGUGGAGUCUGAUUUUACGAUGUACAAAGAAGAGAUUUUACCCCAGAUACUCGAACAAGUAGUUCAGUGCAGAGAUGUUGUGUCGCAGGAAUAUUUGCUUGACGUUAUAUGCCAGGUUUUCCCCGAUGAGUUUCAUUUAGGUACGUUAGCAGAACUCUUGGCCACAUCGCUGAAACUCAAUCCAACUGUGCCAAUUAAUAAAGUUGUUUUGACGCUGGUAGAGAGACUCAACGGUUUUAUCGACAGACAAGAAAACUCGGAUAGCGAUGAUUUAGCUCAAAAGCUUGCUGCAUUCAGCAUUGCCGGAGAAAAUCAAAACCUUUUUUUCGUAUUCUGGAAAUUUCUCAAUCAGCUGAGUGAUGAAAGACCUGACCUUUCGCUGCAGGAGCUAGCUCCUGUGAUUCAAGGCGUUUUGAAGCUAACUCUGCGCUGGUAUCCCCAAAAUAUAAGCAACGUGGAUGUUUUGUUGAAAUUUAUGUACGAGAAAUGUCAGGAAUAUGGCAAAUCCAUACCAGAGGAAUACGACUAUCUUUUCAACGACUUGCUGCUUCCCCAGGAAUUCAAAAGCGAACCCGCGUUUUUUUGCAAAAUUCUUACAAAGUGCGAAUCAUACGAGAAGCUGCUUUCGGCUCAAAAUAUUAGUCUUCAAAAACACUGCACCAAUGAAAUUCUGGAUACUUUGACACAGGCGGAGUGGCAAAUAAGUUCCAAGCUCGAACUCGAAAAGCUUUUGAGCCUUUGUGGAGCUUUGAUCGAGCCUGGUGUGGACAAGCCAAGUUCUCCACUAAUGCUUGAAGAAGAAGACGGAUUGGACAGUGAUAAUUGGUCUCUCACCCCAGACCAAGAAAAAUUGGCAAAGCUCACGCAUUUGUGUUACAACAAAUCCAUUGACGAACAUUCCGAACUCUUGCUCACAUGCAGGAAUUGGUACCAGAAAAGUGGCAGGAACGUGAGAUACCUCUUCCCCGCAAUUAUUUGCAAUCUUUGGAAAUUAAUUAGGAGAUGUCAAUGGAAAAUCAAGAGGAAACCUGAAAGGCGUGAAAAGCUUAAUAAUACGACGAAACAGCUUUUUAAACAUGUUUCACGGACUAUAAACGACCUAUACAGUGCAUGUGGUGGCGGGUGCUUUGAUCUAUUAUACAAGCUGAAUUUGCAAACGGCCGCGCUUGCCGACCAAUCAGAGCUAGGUGACAUCGCGUAUGAUUUUUUUUCACAAGCCUUCACAAUCUUCGAGGAAUCCUUGAGUGACUCUAGAACUCAAUUUCAGGCCAUCGUUAGCAUGGCACAAACGCUGCAAAAAACUCGAAACCUUCACGUAGAGUCGUAUUACGAUACGCUGAUAACAAGAUGUACCUUACACGGUUCGAAACUCCUAAAAAAACAAGAUCAAUGCAGAGCUGUCUAUACUUGUUCUCAUCUUUGGUGGGCCACAGAAAUUUCACUCUUAGGUGAAGAGGAAGGCGUGACGGAGAGCUUCUACCGCGAGGGCAAACGAGUUCUGGAAUGCUUGCAACGCUCUUUACGGGUCGCAGACUCUAUCAUGGACAAUAUCCAAAGCUGUGAGCUUAUGGUUGAAAUCUUAAAUCGCUGUUGUUACUACUUCAUUCAUGGGGAUGAGAAUUCAACGCAUGUUGGUGUCAAGUACAUCAACGGGUUGAUCGAACUGAUAAAAACAAACUUAGAUGCCCUAAAACUCGAAAUUAGUUCUGUAUCAGAAGAGCAUCGUGGCUCAAAUUCUGACGAAGACCGGACACUUAUUGGCAUUGAUGGUUGUUACAUUCAUCAAUCUACUUUGAACAGCGUGGCUGCUGUCUAUAGCAAGCCUCCUUCAUCCAAAACUGCAAAUUUGGAGUCGGUACCUAUCGAGCACUUUCAGAGAACGCUGCGGUAUAUCCAGGACCAAAAGGAUGUUGAUAGCCGUUUCAAGGCCAUCGUUCUCUUAUGA